AAGAACUUUGGUCGUGAGGUUUAAAGUGGGCAGAGCAUAGAAGUCUCACACAACAUGGAUUCCUGCCUGAACUGGGAAAUGUCCUAACUCCUGUGUAUUGAAGGAUAUUCCAUUUAAAGUCGGAGCGCUGCAUAAACAUUAAAUUGAAAGGAAGGUAAAACGUAACUUUAUUUUUUAAUUUUUUACAACAAACAAAUUUAGCGGGCACUCAAGGCGUUUUCACGAGGAGGAAUGUUUGUGUUUUACACUUCGUGUCAUUAGUGAGAAUAUACAUCAUGGACACUCUACAGGAGAACGGGCUACAGCACUCACCUGCACUUGAUAUUCCCGGUCGUGAAAGUACCGCCAAAGAACUCGGAGUACAUGGGACUCCCCUUAUUAAAACAAAGGGAAAGCAUGGAACAACGAAAAGAAGUUCACCUGUCAAUAAUGUCACGGCGGUGUUUGGGAACCAACAGAAAGUAUCAUUGGUAAACGCACCUGCUCUACCCAAGACACCUCUCGAGUUACCUGGCGUUAUGGACGCAGAGGGGAGAGUGGACGAGUCCAGGCUGCGGAUGCACAUUUUCAAGAAUGGUGGUGUGUCCCCUUCGGGGCGUGGCCAGGUGUGGCGUUUCCUGUUCGGGAUGUACCCCUGCAGCUCCACCUCUCUGGAGCGCCCCCUACUGCAGGAGCAGCUCAACGUCCGCUACCACUCCAUGAAGAGGAAGUGGCAGCAGCUUUUUCCUGCCGCCGUCCGACUGCGUAUAAAUGGCACCGAUGCUGAGUUGGUGGCAGCGGUGCGGUACUUCGAUGUGAGGCAGGACAGGGUCCAGCUGCAGGCUCAGAACCAGAGUGACGAGGUCAAGGAGAGGCUGUCCUUCCUGGAGCUACAGGCCCAGGUGUUGUUUGAGCGGGUGACCUUUGAUCUGGAGGAGCUCCAAGAGGCCAUCCGAAUCAUCGACAAGGACGUGCCUCGGACAGACAGAGACCUACCCUACUACUCGGGUGAAGGCUUGGGCAAUCUGCUGGUGUUGAGGGAUAUUCUCAUCACAUAUGCUGCUUUUCACCCAGAGGUGAGCUAUGCUCAGGGGAUGAAUGACCUUUGUAGCCGAUUCCUGGAGGUGCUGGACUCUGAGGUGGACACCUACUGGAGCUUCUCCUGCUACAUGGAGAAGUUCUCCAAGGACUUCCGCGCUGACGGCCUGCACAGGAAGAUAGAGCUGGAGGCAGCACUGCUGAAGGAGUUGGAUCCUCAGCUCCACACCCACCUGAUCACAGAUAGCAUGGAGAGUUUCACCUUCUGUCACAGAUGGCUGCUGCUGGGUUUCCAAAGGGAGUUUGAGCACUGUGACGCCCUGCGUCUCUUUGAGAUCCUGAGCUGUGACCACCUGGAGCUCAUCUCCCAGCAGGUGGACCGCGCCCGCUACCAGGAGAGGAUCGCCCGCAGGCAGAGUAUAGAGGAUAAACCAGUGUCUGAGGCACAGGCCGUCAACACAGAAUUCACCUUUGAACUCUUCAUCUGUGCCACCAUAUUAUUGGACAACAGAGAUGCCCUGCUGAGGUGUAGGAACGAUGUGCAGCUCAUCCAGUUCACCAACAGUUUGCAGGGAACUCUGGACCUGAACCUCACCCUGAAGAAAGCAGAGGAGCAUUUCUACAACUACUGUAAGCGCUCUGCUUGGGACUAUAUGAAUGGCCGCUGCAGGACAAGUAAAAACAAGGAGGGACACUUCUUGUUCCAGCUCCGCAGCUUCUUCUCCUGAACCCAGAUCAGUCCUUAACUUAACCUCUUGAACAUUCAGCUACAACCUGUAGUAACUGUGUGGUGGACUCAAAACAAGGGACCCAUUUCCUAAGAUGAGUGUGUGCUAUUUACAUCUCUUGUCCACUAACGUUGACACAUUCAUAUUUCUGGGGGAUCUACCUUGAGUGAGUGAUGCUGCUUACUUACCAACAAUUCUGUCAAUUUGGACUCUCUCUUUGUUGUUGUUUCUGAUUAUGUUAAUUUCUAUCUAUUUUAUUAUUUAGAAAGGUGUCAAUGAACGGGUAGAAAAGUGUGCAACGCUGAAUUAGUUACAUACGUUCACCUGGAGUUUGGCCUUCUUGAUUUCUAUGUUUUUCUUGGUGAGUUUAGAAGAAAGCCCUGUUUACAAAAUGAUAUACUAAUUAGGAAUAUGAUGUGGCCAAAAGGUGUUCUCACCCUUGAUCUGAGAUUCAACUAUAUAAUAUGUGAUACUACUGGAAGAAAACAAGUCUUGGAACUGCAUCAAGACCACUGACAAAUUGCAUGUAGCAACAGUUUGCAUGUGUUGUGACUCCCUGGUAUUGGUAAACAUAGAAUUACGGGGAUGCCUGUUCUAGUAAGUCUAUUUCUAAAGGUAUAAAAUAGGACUCCAGCUGACCUAUGUGUCAUAGUGGACCUGUGUGACAGGAGUAGCUGUUUAUUGGUUCAGUUCUGAGAAAGAGCCGGGAGGUGGGGUCAGGUUUGAUUAGUUCUACAAGAGCCCUCAGCCCUGGCUGCAUUUUAAGACCGUACUUGUGUGUCACCUCUCCUGAAAUAGCUCUCAGUAUGGUCAGGACAUCCCUCUGGAAAUCCCUAAACAUUGACGAGUAGCACGUUUACCAUUCUGCCACAUUGCCAAUGCAGUGGCAUACUGCUGUUUUAUAGCUAGUCCCAAUCUAUUCUACACAUUUCGCCAUAAGGCUGAGAGAAUUUAGCCUUUUUAUAGCUAAUUUCUUGUAAUAAAAUGUUAUUUUGACCUGUUUGGGGGGGGGGGGGGGGGGGGUGUAGGCCCCCAGAACCCUUCCAGACAGUGUGCUAAUACUGUCUGGAAUACUAAAAUAAAUAUGCAUGUCUGUCACAAUCUUGCUUCGUGAAAGUUUGAUAUUAUGUGUGUGGGUUGGUUUGUUGGUGAUUUAAAUGUUUUAUUCUGAUCCAGCUAUUUGCCAUUAAAGGAGAUGUCAUUUUCAAGUGUCCAGUGCUUUUAGGCAGAUAGGAGUGAACAUGUAAUUCUGAGUAUAAUUGGGUUUGGAGCAAUUCAUUAAAUGUUUUACAAACGAAGGCCACCAGUGAGGAGGAUGAUUAUUUCCAGAUGUAUAGCUGCUUGACAUUUCAGUUCCUCGACCUGCGAGUUGGAGAGUGAAGAAUAGGUUUCUGCAUGUUGGAGGGACAUUCUUGUUAUUGUAUGUACAGGCUGUUAUUAUAUAAGGGUUAAAUGUAAUAAACUGUGGGACAUUAAA